CAGACAGUCAAAGCUAACAGUCUUGUAUACCGAACCAUCUACUCAAGCUUCUCCGAUUGAACAGGCUCUGGAAACUUUAUACACAGAUUCACUGCCAUAAUACCAUUCCAUCUCAAGUCUUCAUAUCUGAUGUUGGAAAUCUUUGAUCUUAGCAUCUGAAGGCCUAAGAUCUCCAAAAUAUUAGUAAGACUACCCUAGCAAUAGGUGGAUUGGUGUCCAUAUAUGGCACUCGUAGUAUACUGGUAUGAUUUUGUUUGUUUUGGGAUUGUUGGGAUUGCCUUCUGUGGUUCCUUAUGGGUGAUAUGGAGGAAGGAAGGCGGCUCAAGAUGCGAUGAAAAUACAGUUUAUGAGAGCCUUCUGGUGGCUAGACCUGAAAUUGGUGAUGUCUAUGUGAGUGCACUCCCAAAGGGUCAUGUCAGCACCUCCCAGCUAUGGACCAGUUGCUGGCGAGGGGUGCACCCCAGCUGGCUCUUAGCUACUCGUUUUAUAUCCUUUCUGGUCAUGGCAGGGUUUCUUACUUGGGAUGUUUUGGACUGGAAUGCUGAAUCUGUCUUUAUGUUCUACACCGAGUGGACAUUUGCAUUAGUUCUGGUCUAUUUUGCACUUGGUACCAUUGUAUCUGGAUAUGGAUGCUGGCUAUCCUCACAAACACCUCUGUCUGAAAAUGGGACAAGGGAUGAGUUUCUGAGAAGGGAUUUUGAAGAGAGUGGAACCACAAACUCCAUUUCUUACAGGGAAAAAGUGAUUGAGGGUACCAUCAAGCUGCAAAGCCACUAUGCUGAAGAGGAAUUUCAGAGAAGAGCAGGAUUUUGGGGAUAUUUAAUGCAAGUUGCAUAUCAGACUUGUGGAGGUGCUGUUAUACUUACAGACAUUGUGUUUUGGUGUGUCAUCGUCCCAUUUUUAUCAAUUGCACAUGUUCGCUUAAACUUGAUGGGUUGCAUGCAUGCUUUGAAUGCUUUUUUCCUUCUUCUGGAUACCUCACUCAAUAGCCUUCCAUUUCCUUGGUUCCGGAUUGCAUAUUUUAUCAUCUGGAGCUGUGUCUAUGUUGUUUUCCAGUGGGUUAUUCACGCCUGUGGUUUUACAUGGUGGCCAUAUCCCUUCAUCGAGCUAGAUACACCCUGGGCUCCUUUAUGGUACUUUUCCUUCGCUGUGCUCCACAUCCCCUGUUAUGGGAUAUAUGCACUGAUCAUAAAAGCGAAAAACUCGAUUCUUCCCAGAUUGUUUCCCCAUUCUUUUAUUAGGUCACGUUAGUUUCUAGUUGUUACAGUACUAGUUUGUAGAAAACUUCUUGCCGAGGGCUUGUGCACUCUCAAGAUUAGUCAUGACACCGUUCCCGGACACCCAAUGCCAAUCUAAAAAAGAAAAUCUGAGUACUAGUACUGUUGGAAGUGGCAAUAAUCUUGCUAGAUAUGAUAUUGUCCUUUUUA